GUUGUUAAGAUAUAGAUAUAGAUUAUAGGCAGAUAGCUCCACAAACAAUGCCGAACACCAAACACGCCCCAACAACAACAACACUCUGCUCCACUUCACUGAUAAUCGGGAAUGCGAAGCUUCUUAACACCACCACCUCUUCCUCCAAACGAUGUCGUUUGACUCCAACUCCAAAACCAACCCUAGUUUCUCUCCUCAGCCACCGUUAAAUCCCUGGCUCAACUCCUCCGCCGCCGCCGCCGCCGCAGCAGCAGCAGCUGAACCACUCAACCCUAUGGUCCUCGCCAUGCACCUUUCCGACCCCAAAUCCAAAACCCUAAUCCCCAAUUCCACGCUGAUACUAAUGGACCGAACCCUGCUGCUCUCCGACGAGAUUCUCAUCAGAAUCUUCCAGAAGCUUCCAGAUUUGCAGCGAAACUCGAAUUCUCUCGUCUGCAAGCGCUGGAUGAACCUUCAGGGUCGGUUGGUCCGAACCUUGCGGGUCCUUGACUGGAACUUCGUGCUCUCGGGUCGGUUAACCCACCGCUUCCCGAACCUGAACCACGUCGAUUUGGUUCCGGGUUCGUUCGCUUCACCGCAAGACUUAGCCAACAUUGUAGUGAGUCACAAGCUGGUUUCGCUGCGCGUGGAUUCCACGUGGAAGGUGGAAAAUCUGUUACCUAGUGAGGCCGUUGACGCGGGUCUCAGAUCGCUCUCGGGCGGCUGCCCCAAUCUACGGAAGCUCGAGGUCGCCGGUGCCAGCGAGGCCGGGAUUUCGACUGUUGGUUCUGAGUGCACCACGCUGCAGGAGCUCGAGCUGCAGCGGUGCGACGACGCCGUCUUGCGCGGCGUUGCGGCGUGUCGGAAUUUGCAGAUUUUGAAAUUGGUUGGGAGUUUGAAAGGGUUCUAUGAUUCCGUGGUUUCGGAUAUUGGGUUCACGAUUCUGGCGCAGGGGUGUAGGAGGCUGGUGAAGUUGGAGCUUGUUGGGUGUGAGGGGAGUUUCGAUGGGGUUAAGGCGAUUGGGCAGUGCUGUAUGAUGUUGGAGGAGUUGGUGAUUGUUGAUCAUAGGAUGGAUGAUGGUUGGCUCGCGGGGCUUUCGUUUUGCGAAAAUUUGAAGACUUUGAGGAUUCAGUCGUGUAAAGUGAUUGAUAGAAGCCCUGGAUUGGAGGAGCAUUUGGGGUGCUGUGAGGCCCUUGAAAGGUUGCAUUUGCAGCAGUGCCAGUUAAGGGAUAGGAAUGGCGUGGGAGCGUUGUUUUCGGUGUGUAGGAAUGCUAGGGACAUUGUUCUUCAGGAUUGCUGGGGGUUGGAUAAUAGCACCUUGAGUUUGGCUAUUGUUUGCAGGUAAUGUAUUAAAUUGGGGAUCUUUUUUUAUCUUUUCAACUUGGAUGCAGUUAGUUAGGUUUUCAAUUCUUUUCAAUUACAAUUUCAGUUUCAUUUCGGUAAUUAGUGUACUGAUGUUUGCAUUAAAUGCUAACAUGUGUAACUGAAGUGGAAUUAUGAUUCUGAUCGGAGAACUAUGUGAAAAACACUUCAGAAACUGGAUCUAAGUUUUGUCCUUUUUUUUUCUCAGGUUAAUUUUUACUUUGAAUUUGAAUUUGUAAAUGUGCAAAUGGAUUUGGCCCGUGGUAAAAUUGGGUUUGCCUUUUUUUAAUAAAAGGAAAAAAAAUUGUAAUAUGAGAAAACAAAGACAGGAAUCAGGAUUUAAUUAAAAUGCAUUGAGCAGUGUAAAGAGUUCUUGUUCUGCAAAUGGGUUGCCAGUAUUAGGAAGGAUGUU